UGACGGCUCCAUAUUUCGUGCAGGAUUUUUUUUUUUUUUUGGCUUGCUACUCGAGAAAGAAGAAAAUAACAGAGUGAUUCUGUGAGAGGGACGGCAAGCCAAAAUAACAAAGACGGAAGAAAAGUGAGAGACAGAGAGCAUAUUGGGGACGAGACAAAAGACGAGAGUGGAGGGAAAUUAAAGCCCAGCAGAGAGAGAGAGCAGGAGCGCGCGUGCAGGCACAGCUGUUGUAAUUUGCACAUUUUGUCAGCUGUCAAAUAUCGGUUUUAGUUGUUCUGCACGGGUUUCCCCCCCACCACCACCAAUCUCUGCAGUGACAGACGCUUCCUUCUGUUCAGUUUAACUGGUAUUACGCGCUCUAAAAGAUACUGUCUCAGACAGAGAGGGAGAGACCGGGAAAGAGAGAGAUGAAGAGAGAUUAGGAAAAGAGAUUGAAGUUAUCUAAAGGAUUAGGCCACAGGAAGGACUUAGAAUGACGACCGAAUUGCAAGAGAUUGCCAUCAUGGAGGACAAGCCUUUACUUACGAGUCAAACGGACAGCGUGAAGGAGGCUGAGAUUGCAGCCAGACUAUUGUUGGAUCGGGGUCAGGAAUACAAUAUUGAGACCCCACAUGGUUUGCUGCAUGUGACGCUCCACGGCACAGGAAGCACCCGUCGGCCAGCUAUACUGACUCUUCAUGAUGUGGGAAUGGACAGUAAGAGCUGCUUCUCUACUCUCUUCAAGUUUGAGGAGAUGCAGGAGAUUGUGAAGAACUUCACAGUGGUUCACGUGGACGCCCCAGGACAAGAGGAGGGAGCUGCGCCCUAUCCUGCUGGGUAUCAUUAUGUCUCUAUGGAUCAGCUUGCAGAAAUGAUCCCAUUAGUCAUACAGUACUUCAAUUUCCGUACUGUGAUUGGAGUUGGAGCUGGAGCAGGGGCCUACGUUCUUUCAAAGUUCACACUUAAAAAUCCAGACUCUGUGGAAGGUCUUGUUUUGAUAAAUAUUGAUUCGAAUGCUCGCGGCUGGAUGGACUGGGCUGCCCAAAAGCUCAGCACACUGACUUCCUCACUUGCCGAGCAGCUCCUUGCUCACCUCUUCAGUCAGGAGGAGAAUUCGUCCAACACUGAGCUUGUUCAGGCACACAGACAGAGGAUCUCAGCAGCCUCCAACCUGGUGAACAUCGAUCUCUUCUGGAAGAGCUACAACAAUCGCAGGGAUCUGAACAUUGACCGUAGCAACACACUCAAAUGUCCCGUCCUGCUGGUGGUAGGAGACCAGGCACCAUAUGAAGAAGCUGCAGUGGAGUGCAACAGCAAACUGGACCCAACUACAACCUCAUUCCUGAAGAUGGCUGAUGCUGGUGGGAUGCCGCAACUCACUCAACCCAGCAAGCUGACUGAGGCGUUCAAAUAUUUCAUUCAGGGAAUGGGAUACAUGGCAUCCUCCUGCAUGACCCGUCUGUCCCGCUCACGCACCACCUCCCUCUCUUCAUCCUACUCCCUGGAGGGCUCUCGCUCACGGUCGCGCACUCUUUCCCAGGGCUCCGUAGGUGGAAACUUGCCUCCUAGCCCCUCCAACACAAUGGAGGUGUCCUGCUAAAGAGAGAGAGAAUGAGAGAGAGAGAGGUGGAUGGAUGGAUGGAUGGAUGGAUGGAUGGAUGGAUGGAUGGAUGGAUGGACGGACGGACGGACAAGUGGAAGGCCACUACUAUUGAGAGGGUCAUAAAGUGUAAAGCAAGAAAGAAAGCGAGACCUAAAGAGAGCAAGAGAGAUAUUCCUCUUACCAAACUAAAUCUCAUUCUCAUGUAUAAUUCGCUCAUCCCGCACUUGGGGGAAGUGAGGGAUUCUUAAGGGAAGCGAGCCAGAAACAAGUGACAUGGGGAGAGAGGGAGAAAAAAAAAUCCAUCUCUCCAUCCCUCUGUCAACUUAGCAUCUUGUGGUACAGGUAGGGGCCUGUAGAGAGACCCAAGAUGUAGUGAUAACCAAUAGUAAUACUUCUAAUAUAGAAUAUUAAUUAUAAUUAUCUAUAAAUAAUGACAGUAAUGUAAUUAAAAACAGUUCACUUAAUUACAUGUUGAAAACUAGAGGAAAAAAAAAACAAUAGAGUAGCAAUACUCAUGUGUCUGAGUUCUUUUGGUAUACUAUUUGGUGUGUUUGGAGUGGAUUUUUUUUUAAAUGAAUUUUACUGUAAUAGUCAUGUGACCCCCAUAUAGGGCCAUGACAACAGGUGUUGGAUAAAUACCAAUGUCUUUCGGUCGCAGCCAGCUCAUGUCUUCCAGUUGACUUAUUUGAAAACAUAAGUAUGGAAACUGUGUGUGAAAAUGAAAGAUUGAGACAUUAGUCUGUUUGACUGCUCCAAACUGAAUGGUGGAAUUGUUACAAUUUUUUUUUUUUAUUCGAGAGUAUAUGGAUUAUAGAGAUAUUGAAUUGUACAAAGACAAAAGAGCAAAACAGAAAAAAAUAGGUGAAUUUUAAGCUUCUCCUGCCUGGAAUUUUUUUUUUAAACACCAGAUGAAUUUAUUUUAUUUUAGUACGGCUCUAUCCCAAAUGCUGAGUGUUUUAACAAAAUUCAUUCAACCAAGUAACAUGUUCGAAAGUAACCCCUUGAAACUGAUGUAAGAUCUACAUACAUCAGUACACUUAGUUGAAACCUACCAAUUCUAACUGCUUAAUAAAUAAAUUUACACAAUCAUUGGAAAGUUGCAACUCCAUGCCUAUAGCCUUUUCCCAGUGUUGCCACUAGAAUAUGCCCCAGUGCACUUCCAGUUCCAAAGCAAACACAAUGGCCCUUAUUCAGUAAAGUCGCAAAAAUCAAGCUCAGAUUUGGAUGAAUGGAAUGACAGGAACAAAUCUGCAUCGGAUUCAUGAAACUGUCUGACGAGUGGAGGUUUAAACCCAACAGAUGCAUGUAGUUAUGCGAAUGAGUUAAUAGGGAAGUUUUUAUUCAUUUUAGAACUCUGUCAGAUUUAUCAGUUUUAUUAUUAUUAUUAUUAUUAUUAUUAUUAUUAAAGCUGUAUGUAUCAAUAUAGGUGAGCCAAGUUUCUCAAACAAAAUUGAAUCCUUAGUUCAUUUUUUUUUUAAAUCAGACAUCAUGCAAUGAAAAUCAGACAACUAAACUUAAUCCAGUUCUGGUUUUUUUAAGUGUCGAAAUUUUGAUACAAGUGUUGAUCUGGAUUUAUUAUAAUAACCUCACAAAACAAUAUCAAAGGGUCUUUGAAUUAGCCAGGACCUGUGUUUCCAAGUUCAACACUUUGCGAUGCCUCUUGUAUGCAAAUGCAUUACUAUUACUGAAAUGAAGGACUAAUGAGCUGAUCAAGAUCAACGUCUGCCGCUUUAAUUUGCAUUUAGAAAUUACAGGUUGACAUAAAGCCCCAUUACUUGUAUUUUAGUAUAAAGUUUCUGCACACAUGAUCAUGAUUAUCCAUUUUAUUUGGUAUGUUUUAUAGUACACUACUUACGAUAUUGGCUUAUAUAAUUGAUGGCACGAGCACUCGGUAUGUUUACAUGCACAUUAAUAUUCCACUGUUAUUCCAAAUGACGAUAUUCGGAAUUUGAUACGAGUCAUGUCAACAGCAUAUUCCAGUUGGAUAUUCUGAGUUUGGCCUUUUUCCAAAUUUAGCAUUCUCUGAUUAAGACAUGUGGGAGACACGGCCUUUUGCCUGUUUAUGGUCAGCUCUGUAUGUUGUACACAAACCAACUAGACAACAGCUUGCAAGGUAAAUGCAUGUAAAUGGGAACAUUACUGAAAUUUUCAUGUACAUUAGCAAUGUAAACAGCUUAAAAAAACUGGAACAGUUUAUGCAUGUACUGUAAAAGGCAGUGAUAGUUUCCUUAUUUAAGCAUAAAACAGGCAUUUUUUUAAGUUGUAAAAAGGUUUUACAUAUUUACACACACACUGUCCAGACCUGAAUUUCAUGCUAAUGUGCCAAAGAUGAAAUUGAUGAAUAAGGGUUUACAUGCACUAAGUAGCUCGGCUACAGUCACAUAAUCUAGGUCGCGUAGCUCGAUUACGAGAAAUCCAGUUCGUUUCGAUUUCAGCCGAGCUAAGGUGUAUCCAUGGCAUUUAGAACUUCGAUUUCAGUCGAGCUACGGCAGAAAUUCGAUUUUCUCUAUGUGCAUGUAAACGCACUCAGUGUUGUCAUUUUUUGUGUGAUCAUUUUGCGAUCAGAUUUGAUAGUAUGCAACUUCGAUGAAAUAAGGGCCAGUGUGAACACUGGAAAAUAAUGACUAUCCAGAAAUUUGGAAAACUGGAUCAUUUAUCCUAGUGUUUGAUGUUUUAGUUCAGAAACUAACUAUGCUAGAAUGUCGACAUGUUCUAGCCUAGCAUGUGGGAAAAGGCACAGUUUCUCAAAUAAAAUAUUGGAAAACAUUUGAUAUGGACAUUAUUUUUUAUUUUUCUGUAGCAUAGCUAUGUCCCAUGAAUUAAUAAUAACCCCCUCGAACCAAACAAUGAUUUUGAUAAUGAUCUGCCAGCAAGUCCACUGCCACCAGGUUGUUACUACUAAUACAGAACAAAAGAUAACUACUUUAUUUUAACCGCUAAGCUUUUCAAGUUAAUCCGUAGUCAAGUGUAAACAUCUGUUGUGUGUUGUCUGUGUGCUUGAUUAGACACACUUUACUAAUAAAAGCUCACACAAUUUCUGAUCUAACAAAAACAUUUGAAGUUUCUUGCUAAUAACGGCAUACGCUGCCAACACAUUAGUUAACUAGUCUUACCUAAAAGCCUCUAGAGGAACUGACUAGUUAAAUCUAACCCAUUAUAACAAACAAAUGUAGGCAUUUCUUCAACAGAGGCAAAUCAUGAGUCAGUACAAAUCAGACCAGCACUGUUCUAUUGUGUAGAAGCCAUGAUAAUCAAUACAGCACAGCACUGCCCUAAAACACCAGAUCAUUAGACAAUUCUCUGUUUACAUGACACAGAAUCCUGUCAAGAGUUUGUGUAUUUGAUGGGCUACAUUGGUGUACUUGUCACAUGCAGCCAAAUCACACUGCAACGUACGUAGGGUUCCAGUACUGUUUUUCAUAUGUCCUUGGCAACUUGAUUAGUUCCUCAGCAUUAGUUUCUUGGCCUUGAGGGAAUUCCUAUUCCAAAAGGAAAGGGCAGGGGGAAACGACCCUGACCUGUUGGUGUUCUCAUAUGGAACGCCAUUGCUAGCACUGUGACGUCAGCAUGGCACACAGCCACUAACGUCUCAUAAAAAUAACAAAAGUAUACCACCAACCAACAAAGCACCACAAUCACUAAGCAUGCUACAUAUAUUAUACUUUAAAGAUAUUUACGAACUAUGUUUCAGCGUGGGGUUUUCCUUGAAUUAACUUGAGUGAAGUUUGUUAAUUGGAGGUCCAAGUGAGUUGACCAAUUGAGUUGAUGUAAUUAUAGAUUUAACAACGUAUGUUUUGAAUUGAUGCUUUCAAACGGAGUUUUAUGUAAGAGUAAAUAAAGCACUGGCUACUCCUUCUUGUGCUUUAAGUGGUCAGUGGUUAUAUCACACUGUUGAAUUGUGAGGAAACAUCAAAAACAGUAUUGAAACACAAGGAUGGUGUUUGUGUUGAGUCUUGCUUUUGUUGAGAUUAGUGUUUGAAAGUUGGAGCAGAAGAAUAUUAGUUGCUGAAAUGUAUAGACAUGGAACGUGGUAUCAUUUAGUCAAAUGCUGAUGGAAGAAUGCAGGUACAGGUGUUUGAUACAGAACGAAUGCUUUGUAUUGCUGGAUAAAAACUUUACUAAAAAGAGUAAAGGGGAAUGUCUGAUAUAGUUUACUCUGGGGAGUUAAAAAGGGGAAAUAAACAUGGAAGUGUCCGUGUUUGGGCUGGAGCUGCGUGAUUGCUCUUCCACAUUUAUAUUUUGUUUUAUUUUACUAUUUUUCUUCAAUCAUACCCUUUUUAAUGUUCAAUCCUCCCUGUGUUUCCUGUUGUACAAGGUUACUGUCUCACUGUUGUUAUUGGUUAGACAUCAUUGUGCUAGUUCCUGUGUAAUCUCCGUUAGCAUUAGAAUGUAAAAGGGGGAAUUAACAUUAUUAACAAAAACAAAUGUAUAACAAAAUACAAUCCAAGUUUCUUGUGUGGUUAAUUCUGUGUAAUGCUAUGAACAACUGAAAAAAAUGUAUUAAUAAAAAGGAAGUAAACCA